GGAGGCAAGGCCCCACCCCCGCAGACAGGUUCCUGCCCCGAUCGGGAGACCCCGCCAAUUCCGCGGGGUCGAACCCGGCCAAGCGCGGGAUCCGAUUUGGUCUCGUCUGCCAUCGUAGCCUCCCGAGGGUUGACCUUUGCCCUGAGCUCGCCCCGCCCCGUCUCCCCUCCCGGCGCCGUGGUACAUCCGUCGCGUUGCGCUUGGCCCAAGAUGGCGGCGCCCGUGUGCUUCCGCGGGCUCAGGCUGCGGGCGCUGUCUUGGAGCCUAGAGCUGCCGUGCUCCUGGUGCGCCCUACACACGUCCGCGGUCUGCACUAAGAACCGGGCGGCCCGAGUCAGAGUGGGCAAGGGGGACAAGCCGGUGACUUACGAGGAGGCGCAUGCUCCGCACUACAUCGCUCACCGCAAGGGCUGGCUGUCGCUGCAUACAGGUAACCUGGAUGGGGAGGACCAUGCUGCAGAGCGAACAGUGGAGGAUGUUUUCCUUCGAAAGUUCAUGCUGGGCACUUUUCCAGGGUGUCUGGCUGACCAGGUUAUCCUGAAGCGCCGGGCUAAUCAGGUGGAGAUCUGUGCCCUGGUCCUGAGGCAGCUGCCUGCAUACAAGUUCUACUUCCUGGUGGGUUACAGUGAAACUCUGCUCUCCCACUUUUACAAAUGUCCUGUCCGUCUGCACCUCCAAACUGUGCCCUCCAAGGUUGUGUACAAGUACAUCUAGCAUAGUCACUUUUUUUGCAUCAGGCUUGAGCCUGCCAAGGACAGGAAUGUGUGGGAAAGGGGUGAAGUGGGAAUGGGGAAAAUGUAUCCCUUCAGUGAACUGAGGAUUCAUUUUCAAAGCUGCUGUUCAAUAAAUACUUUCCAUGUUG